GCUCGCACGUGUGGCGGUGGCGGUGCCGCCAUGAGCGGCCCCGUGCCCUGCGCCGCCUGGGUGCGGCGCGGCGUGGCCAAGGAGACGCCCGACAAGGUGCAGCUGAGCGAGGAGGAGCUGAAGGGUCUCAUCGAGGAGGCGCAGGACAGGCUGGGGGACGGUGCUGGUGGCAGUGGUGAGGGCCAGACAGCAGGUGACACAAAUGCACCCGUGCCCGGCAGCAGCACUAAGUCUUCCCAAAAUAAUGAAGAGCUGUCUGAUCAUGAACUGGAUGAAUAUGAUUUGGACAAUUAUGAUGCUGAGGAAUACACAGGUGAUUUGAAACUUGGAGACUCUUUGGCUACUCUGACAGUAUAUGGGAGCAAUGAAAACGAUCCUUACAUCACACUAAAAACCACUGAGCAAUAUGAACAGGAGGACUUUUUGAUUAAGCCCAGUGACAAUCUGGUCCUUUGUGGUAGAGUUGAUAAAGACUGCUGUAGUUUGGAGGUCCAUGUUUAUAAUCAUGAAGAGGACUCAUUUUAUGUCCAUCAUGACAUUAUCUUGCCUGCUUACCCUCUGAGUCUGGAGUGGUUGAAUUUUGAUCCUAGUCCAGAUGAAUCAACAGGAAAUUAUGUUGCAGUGGGUAACAUGACCCCAGUCAUUGACAUUUGGGACCUUGAUGUAGUAGAAUCCUUGGAACCAGUCUUUUCUCUUGGAGGCAAGAAAAAGAAGAAAAAGAAAGGAAAGAAAAGUUUAUCUUCAGAAGGGACUGAAGGACAUACUGAUGCUGUGCUUGAUCUUUCAUGGAAUAAACAAAGCAGGAAUGUUUUAGCAAGUGCCUCUGCUGACAACACAGUGAUUUUGUGGGACAUGGCUGUGGGUAAGCCAGCAGCCAGCCUGACACUGCAUACAGACAAGGUCCAGACAUUGCAGUUUCAUCCCUUUGAAACUCAGACCCUCGUUUCUGGAUCAUUUGAUAAAUCAGCAGUGCUGUACGACUGCAGAAACCCCCAGGACAGCCAUCGAGUGUGGCGCUUUAGUGGUCAGGUUGAGAGAGUCAUUUGGAAUCAUUUCUCACCUUGCCAUUUCUUGGCAAGCACAGACGAUGGCUUUGUGUACUGUCUGGAUGCUCGUGCUGAUAAGCCCCUGUUUACUCUGAAAGCUCACGAUGAAGAGGUGUCAGGGCUACAACUAAGCAGUCAGAUCAAAGGGUGCCUUGUGACAUCAUCUGCUGACAAAUAUGUGAAAAUUUGGGAUAUCCUGGGAGACAGACCAAGUUUAGUCCAUUCCAGGGAUAUGAAAAUGGGAGUUCUGUUCUGUGCAGCUUGCUGCCCUGACUUCCCCUUUGUCUUUGCCUUUGGAGGAGAGCGGGAAGGGCUGCGUGUUUGGGAUAUAAGCAAGAUCUCUGCAGUGAAUGAAGUUUUUGGAAACAGAGAGAGGCUCGUCCUGGCUAGUGCAAACUCUGUGGCUUCUAGCUCCACAGCCAGCAGAAGCAGCAAUGAUUUGGAGACACCAAUGGAAUCAUGAUGGACCAAACAUCAAAAAAUCAAAGUAAUUAAUGGGACUACAACUAAUGUGUAUUCUGCAAAUGCCCCCGUUCAGUGAGAGUUCAUGGAAAUGACUGGUGUCUUGCAAUCUGCAAGCUUCUUCAUCUCAGCCAAAGAAAGAUGGUGGUGUGGUUAAGCUCUGAGCUCCUGCCUCUAUUACCAGCUCUGAAAGAUUGAAUCACUUGCUUUAGCCUGAGAUAAUGAUCCCUGAAACAGGGGCUACCAUAUGUAAAGCUGAUACAUAAAAUGGAACAGUC